AUGGAGAGAAGAAUCGAUUUCAUCCAUGAGAGCCUUGGAAACAAAUCUGAAGUCCUAUUCAAGCAAGUGAUCAAGCUUGAUGAAGACAUUAAGAAGUUAAGAGAGGAUCAUGAUCGAUCUUUGACCCUAGUUAAGCUUGAUGUUGCUUCCAAAUAUCAAGAGUUGCUGAACAAGAGCAUGAGAAUUGAAGAUACUAGCUAUGGCAAUAGCAAGCAUCUUGGAUCAAUCUACAACCGCCUACAAGCCCUUGAAGGAUCAUCUCAUGCCACUUACAAGAGAGAGAGGAGUCCAACACCCAACCACCCUCCCUUUUAUUGCAAUGCCAUCACAAGAAGAAGCACUACUCAAGUCCAUGAGGACAGUGAAGAAGAAGAAGAAAGAGAGUAUGAGGAACAAUUGAAUGAUGAAGAUGAAGAGCAGAGCAUCGACAUCAAUGCUUCCCCAAAACAGAGCAUGGAUACACCAAGCCCUAGAGACCCUCGUUUCUCACCAAGAAGUCAAGCUUCUACACUUCCAAGACUUGGAAGCAAUGCAAAGACCAUCACCACCUACUGA